CUCAGCCUUGGACCAGAUAAAAUGGUAAUAGACCUCACAGAUCCAAAUCGCCCCCGGUUCACGUUACAGGAGCUGCGAGACGUACUGCAAGAGCGUAACCAGCUGAAAGCUCAGCUUCUUGUGGUGCAAGAGGAGCUACAGUGCUAUAAGAGUGGGAUCAUCUCACAGAGAAAGGACCAAACUGAAGAACUGGAAAAAGAAGCCAGUGGCAGCAGCCCCAGCACCAGCAAGUACAGCGAAGAUAAGACAAUCAUGAAACGGCUGUUCUCUUUUAAACAUGGAAAACGAGCAUCCUCAAGAACUUAA